GUAGGUGAGGAAGUGGAGGGGAGGGAGGGAGGGAGGGAGCGAGGCGCGGCAGGGGAGGAAUCGAUCGAUGGGCGGGUGCUUCUCCGACGUGAGGGGCGGUCAACAGGCGGUCGGCUCCGGGGGGCCUGCCGCCGGGGCGGCGCCGCAGGAGCUCAACGACGCGGUGGGAUACUUCCUCCACUCCCGCGGCCUUCGCGGCCUCUUCACCACCCUCGAGUUGUCAUUUUCUGCUUCAAAAUUGCGCAACCUUGAUGUUCUCUCCAAGAGCGAUCCAAUGGUUGUUCUCUAUUCCAAAAAAAGAGAUGGAAUGCUUGAAGAACUUGGGCGUACAGAAGUAAUAAUGAAUAGUCUGAGUCCUGCUUGGAUCACAAAAUUUACUAUCAACUAUCAGUUUGAGAUUGUUCAACCAUUGGUGAUUCGAGUUUAUGAUGUUGACACCAAAUACCAUAAUAUACCUGUUAAGAUGCUGAACUUGAAUGAGCAAGAUUAUCUUGGGGAGGCUUCUUGUGCACUUUCAGAGAUAGUAACGAAGCCAAGUAGGAGCAUGACACUAAAUCUCCAAGACCAACGUGGGCAUUCUGGUCUGCAUUCAGGAACAAUAACUAUUCAUGCAGAGGAGACAGUUGCUUCAAGGGUCGCUGUUGAGAUGAUAUUGCGCUGCUCCAAGUUGGAAAAUAAGGAUACCUUCUCCAAAAGUGAUCCUUUCUUAAGAAUAUCGAAAAUUGUGGAGAGUGGUAGCUCGAUCCCUAUAUGCAAAACAGAAGUUAUCAAUGACAACCUGAACCCAGUUUGGAAACCUGUAACCCUGUCUAUGCAGCAAUUUGGAAGCAAGGAGAAUCCAUUGAUGAUCGAGUGUUUCGAUUUCAACAGCAGUGGCAAGCAUGAUCUGAUAGGAAAACUUCAAACAAGUGUGUCCGAUCUUGAGAAGCUUGGCAGGGAAAAAAAUGGUGCAAACUUUUAUAUUUCAUCCGUUGCACGUCCUGACAAUAGAAAGAUGCUUAAAGGGCAGCUGUUUGUGGAUAAAUUCAUUGAGAAAACUCAGUAUAGUUUCUUGGAUUAUAUAUCAAGUGGAUUUGAGCUUAAUUUUAUGGUUGCCAUCGAUUUUACAGCUUCAAAUGGGGAUCCAAGGCUUCCGGCUUCCUUGCAUUUUAUUGAUCCUUCUGGACGUUUGAAUUCUUAUCAACAGGCCAUAAUAGGAGUUGGAGAGGUUCUACAGUUCUAUGAUUCUGAUAGGCGUUUUCUUGCAUGGGGAUUUGGUGGAAGGAUAGCUUAUGAGUCAGUUUCUCAUUGUUUCAACCUGAAUGGAAAUUCUGAGGAGUGUGAGGUUUCUGGAGUAGAAGGUAUUAUGUCAGCAUAUGCCAUGGCCCUGCACAAUGUUGCUCUUGCUGGACCAACUUUGUUCGGGCCGGUGAUCAACAAAGCUGCAGAAAUUGCUAGCCGAUCUCUAUCCACUAGGCAAAACAAGUACUUCAUAUUGCUUAUAAUCACGGAUGGAGUUAUUACAGAUUUGCAGGAAACAAAGGAUGCGAUUGUUAAGGCUUCUGAUUUACCCAUGUCAAUUCUUAUUGUUGGAGUUGGGGGUGCAGACUACAAAGAAAUGGAGAUCUUGGAUGCUGAUAAUGGAAAACGAUUAGAGAGCUCUACAGGCCGAAUAGCUACUCGAGAUAUUGUACAAUUUGUUCCAAUGCGGGAUGUGCAGGGAAGUCAGGUUUCCGUUGUUCAAGCAUUGCUCGAGGAGCUGCCAGGGCAAUUUCUGUCGUACAUGCAGAGCAGGGAUAUCACACCACACCUUGCUCACCCCAGAGAAGCCUCUGCACCACCGUUCCCUCAAUGAUCUCAGAUUGUAAAGACUGCUUGCUAACUGUCGCUAACCACAAUCUGCUUUGUACAUACUUUGUACAGAUCUUUGUACAAGGUUUGCUAUCAUGGCAUGCUAUGUAGUCUAUAUUUGUGUAUACACAAAUAAACCUUGCCAAGGUUCUUGUUGAUUAUAAUGUACAUUCCGUUUCGUGUUA